AUGGAUAAGUAUAAAAUCGCUCGCUCACGGGUGUUACUGGCAAACAGUCUUACUUCCCAGGCGCCGAACGAUCAUCAACAAGAAGCCUUCCUAAGAACACGUUUGUCCGUGUUUUGUAGCAUUUUGUUCGGUUAUUCUUGCUACUACCUGACGCGGAAUAGUCUAACAUUCACUGCUCCAGCGAUGGUCGCGUCACCCACCUUGAACCUUGAUAUCACGUCCAUAGGAGUGAUAACAUCCAUCUUCCCACUCUGCUAUGGCUGCAGCAAAUUUGUAAGUGGAGUGGUCGGUGAUGUGUUAUCCCCGAGUUUGAUGCUUGGCGGAGGCUUAAUUGCAACAGGGAUGGUAAAUAUCGCGUUCGGGGCAAGUUCCACGCUUCCCAUUUUUUGCAUCCUGUGGGCUAUGAACGGCAUUCUACAGGGUUUCGGCGCGCCGAGUUGCGCGAAAAUCUUAACAUCGUGGUUUGCGGCAAGUGAACGUGGUACGUACUGGGGUAUGUGGAACAUCGCUCACAAUCUGGGCGGUUUUCUUGCUCCAAUUUUAGCUGGAACAGCAGCACGCAUCCAUGGCUGGAGUUGGGGGCUUUGGGCUCCUGGUGUGAUCGCAUUGAUUGUUGGUUCAAUAAUCGUGUGCACACUCAAAGAUUCACCGGAGGAUAAAGGCUUCGCGCCAGUUGAACCAGACUUGAAUAUCCCAACCAACGCGACGAAACCAGCAGAGAGCGAACAGAAAUUGUCUUUGGUGCAAAAUCUUCUCCAAAACGUGCUGUCGAACCCCUUCAUAUGGGGGCUUGCGUUUACAUACUUUUGCGUUUAUGUUGUCAGACAAGGAAUCACAUCUUGGUCAGUAUUUUAUCUGAUAAAGGAAAAAGGUGUCGUAGAUGCCGGCGCAGCAGCUGUUCGCGUCUCAGGACUCGAGCUGGGUGGCUUGCUCGGAAGUUUACUGGCUGGUAGGAUAAGCGAUUCGCUGAUUUCUAAAACGCAAGAUGGAUCUGUUGGUCAGCGUAUUCGUGUGGUGAUGGCAUAUCUCUUGGGUGUCACUGCUUCAUUAAUAGCUUUUAAGUUUGUUCCCGCAAGUUGGCCGGUCACGCAAGCUGCGAUAGUUUUCAUGAUCGGAUUCUUCCUGUACGGUCCUCAAAUGCUCAUAGGACUAUGCGGAGCUGAAAUCGUUGGUCGUCGCUCCGUAGGCGCGAGUGAGGGAUUUCUUGGCUGGAUUGCUUACCUAGGAGCAGCUAACGCCGGCGUACCACUGUCUCUCCUGGUCCAGCAGUAUGGUUGGGAUGCGUUCUUUGCUGCGCUUCUCAGUGCAACCGCAGUCGGGAUCCUCUUGCUUGCGCCGAUGAUUGAUGCGAAAAGCUACUUACAACGCAAGCAAGUUUAUGGCAAAGGUCACAUUCUAGGAAACGCGAUAUCACGCCCUUGA